ACCUACGCAGCAGCAGCCCACCUCUGCUCACGUAUCGUCCGGCGAAAAAUCUCUCUGCUUCAAGCUUGAGUAUUUUUGUUUUGGAAAUGUCGCAGCUCUCGGAUUUGAUCAACCUCCAUCUCUCCGACACCACUGAGAAGGUCAUCGCAGAGUACAUAUGGAUCGGCGGAUCAGGCAUGGACAUGCGGAGCAAAGCAAGGACCCUCUCAGGGCCAGUCAAUGACCCUUCAAAGUUGCCCAAAUGGAAUUACGAUGGCUCCAGCACAGGCCAAGCUCCUGGAGAAGAUAGUGAAGUGAUCUUAUACCCACAAGCAAUUUUUAGAGAUCCAUUCAGAAGGGGUAAAAAUAUUUUGGUCAUGUGUGAUGCUUACGCUCCUGCUGGAGAUCCAAUUCCCACAAACAAAAGAUAUGCAGCUGCAAAAAUAUUCAGCGAUCCCAAAGUUGCUGCUGAAGAACCUUGGUAUGGAAUUGAGCAGGAAUACACCUUGCUCCAGAAAGAUAUCCAAUGGCCUCUUGGCUGGCCUCUCGGUGGCUAUCCUGGACCUCAGGGACCAUACUAUUGUGGUACUGGUGCUGACAAGGCUUUUGGGCGCGAUAUUGUUGACUCACAUUACAAAGCUUGCCUUUAUGCUGGCAUCAACAUCAGUGGAAUCAACGGUGAAGUGAUGCCUGGCCAGUGGGAAUUCCAAGUAGGUCCUUCAGUUGGUAUCUCUGCUGGUGACGAGUUGUGGGUUGCUCGUUACAUUUUGGAGAGGAUCACUGAGAUUGCGGGGGUGCUUGUUUCCUUUGACCCUAAGCCAAUUAAGGGUGAUUGGAAUGGAGCUGGGGCUCACACAAACUACAGCACCAAGUCCAUGAGGAAAGAAGGAGGCUAUGAAGUGAUCAAGAAAGCAAUUGAGAAGCUGGGGAAGAGGCACAUGGAGCACAUCUCAGCCUAUGGAGAAGGAAACGAGCGUCGUUUGACAGGAAGACAUGAGACUGCAGACAUUAACACCUUCAAAUGGGGUGUUGCAAAUCGUGGUGCUUCAAUAAGAGUUGGAAGGGACACAGAGAAAGAAGGGAAGGGGUAUUUUGAGGAUAGGAGGCCAGCUUCCAACAUGGACCCAUAUGUGGUGACGUCAAUGAUCGCUGAGACAACCAUUCUGUGGAAACCAUGAGAUGAAGCAGGGAAAACAAACUGUGUUUCUUUGAUUUACUCAGUGUGUUUUAUUAGGAUCAGCUUUAUGUUCUAGUCAUGUCUAGUUUCUGGAUAUCAAGUAUCAACUGUUUGAGGGAAUUAGUUUCCUUCACUCCCAUGUUCCAUGUGUGACAAUAAUGUUAAGGUUUUAGUCCAAUUUAUUAAUAAUUAUGAAAUGAAAUUGCCUAAGUCCAUGCAA